AUGUAUAACGGACAAUGGGGGGCCAAGAACUUGACUGUGCAGUCGACGGGGCAUGCGACGUUUGUGGAGGCUGCUGAUGGGGAGUGGUAUGCUUCGUUCAUCGCGCGGCGGAAUGUGAAUGGUAGCUCACCACUCGGCCGUGAGACGUUUCUUGCGCAAGUGACGUGGGAAAACGACUGGCCCAUGAUCAACAACGGGAAACCUAUUAUCCUCAGCGAGGAGGUCGGGCCCAUGACAGGACCUAAGAAGACACCAGCCCCUUGGGUGGACGGCUUUCCUGGAAAGGAGCUAGAUCCCUCGUGGUAUCAGCUCCGAACGCCGUACGUCAAGUCGUACGACGUCUAUGACGGGCGUCUAGUCUUCAAGCCCAACGUCUUUGGCUUGAGUGACCGGGAUCACCCCGCGGCGGUGCUGCGGAAGCAGACGUCGUUGAACAUGACAUUUUCUGCGGAGCUGCUUGGCUUUGAGGGAGUGCUGGGACAGAAGAUGAGGGUUGGAUUGUCGAGUUAUUUGAGCGAGUUUCAGCAUCAGGAUAUUGGUGUCAAGGGGUGCAAUGGUGGGAUUGGGGGCAUGUGUCUGUACACGGAGGUGAGGAGGAAUGGCACUGUAGAUCCCCUCAACUCAUCGUCUCUGCUCAAGAGCGAGCUGAAGCUUCAUAUCCGGGCUGAACCAUUGGUAUAUCGCCUGGGAUAUGGCAUUGGCGAUGAUGAACCGACGUAUAUCACCGAGAUUGAGUCGCGUUGGCAGGCUUUCGCGCCGACGGGGUUUUAUGUGUUCACUGGGGCAUCUUUCGCGUUGUUUGCGACUGGGGAAGGUGAGCCGUGGCCCGUUGAUGGGCCGAAAGUUGGGUUCACGCGAGUUGAGGAGACCUACUAUGGGGAAGACAUCGGAGAUUACGAUCGUUGGUGA